AUGAAAUGGAUGGAAGAUAUAAUGUUUAGAGUGCAUGCACCUGAUACAGCACAAGAACAAGAAGGGGGAUUUUAUACUAGCUGUCUGGCAUCAUUAGUGCUGCCAUGGUCCAGUCCAGAACCAUGGUUCGAACCGGACUUUUGGUCCAGUUCUCCAUGGUUCGGUCCAUGGUUCUCGUGCCAGCCAGAACUGGACUGGAAAAUGGUUCUCGGUUCUAGAUCUUCCCAAAUGGUCCAGUUCUGGUUCGACCUUCCUGAACCAUUUCCAAACCCCAAACCCAUUGUCGACUUUGACUUCAACUAUGACAACGUCAAAGUGUCGUCUUCUGGAUUUGCACUAUUGGUUAAUUAG